CGGCCCCGGGUUAUUGUAGGAACUAUCCGGCCCCGCGUUAUUGUAGGGUCUGCACGUGCCCGGGCCCCCCCCGACGGGACUCCUCGUCCCCACUUGGCUCCCGAGGGGUGUCCUCGCCCCCGAGUCGUCUUUGGGACGCCCCGGGCCCGGGUGGUUGUGGGCUCGCCCCGGCCCCGGGUGAUUGUCUCAUCCCCGUGGCCUGCGGUGGUUGUAGCGUCUCCGAGACCGCGGGCUCCCGUAGCCUCUCCGUGGCCCCGAGUUAUAGUUGGGACACCCCGGCCACGAGUGAUUGUCGGGUCUCCACGGUCUCGGGUCGCUGGGGCGGAUCAGGCCUCGGCGCCUCCUCGGGGCGCCCCCCAAGGCCGCAGGCAAGAUGAACAUUCUGGCGCCAGUGCGGAGGGACCGCGUCCUGGCAGAGCUGCCUCAGUGCCUGAGGAAGGAGGCCGCUUUGCACGUGCGCAAAGACUUUCACCCCCGCGUCACCUGCGCCUGCCAGGAGCACCGGACAGGCACCGUGGGAUUUAAGAUCUCCAAGGUCAUAGUGGUCGGGGACCUGUCAGUGGGGAAGACUUGCCUCAUUAAUAGGUUCUGCAAAGACACCUUUGAUAAGAAUUACAAGGCCACCAUUGGAGUAGACUUUGAGAUGGAACGAUUUGAGGUGCUGGGCGUCCCCUUCAGUUUGCAGCUUUGGGAUACCGCUGGACAGGAGAGGUUCAAAUGCAUUGCAUCGACCUACUACCGAGGAGCUCAGGCCAUCAUCAUUGUCUUCAACCUGAAUGAUGUAGCCUCCCUGGAACAUACCAAGCAAUGGCUAGCUGAUGCACUCAAGGAGAAUGACCCUUCCAGCGUGCUUCUCUUCCUUGUGGGUUCCAAGAAGGACCUGAGUGUGAGUGUGCCAGUGGGGGGAACUUCCCAACUUGCUGAAGGAGCUCCUCAUCUGAUUCUGACCUUCCCUCAGACUUCUGCUCAGUAUGUCCUAAUGGAGAAAGAUGCGCUCAAGGUGGCCCAGGAGAUUAAGGCUGAGUAUUGGGCAGUGUCAUCUCUCACUGGUGAGAAUGUCCGGGAAUUCUUCUUCCGUGUGGCGGCACUGACUUUUGAGGCCAAUGUGCUGGCUGAACUGGAGAAAUCAGAGGCCCGGCGCAUUGGGGAUGUUGUCCGCAUCAACAGCGAUGACAGCAACCUCUACUUAACUGCCAGCAAGAAGAAGCCCACGUGUUGCCCAUGAAGGGUGAGGAGAUUGUCCAGAGACUUUCUAGCCCUGGGGUACUGUGCCACCAUGAAUCCCCUGGAGCUCAACCCCUAGACAUUUGCACUGAUUGUUUUUCCAGACCAAAGAGCCGCCUCUUUGUGGCAGUGUCCCCAAAGGGGACACUGGGACCAUGCUAGUCACUUCCUGUCCUUAGGCACCAUGUGAAGACUGGAUGCCCCCCUACUCCUCUGGGGGUUCUCUAGGAUGCCCAGCGCUUGCUGGGGGUAGUGUCCCUACUACUUUUGCUCAUCCUGCUGGGCUCUUUGGGUAGGAAGAUGCCUAAUGAGUCCAGCCUUACUGUGCCUAUGCAUUAAAAUCUCUUUGUU